AUGCCAUUUAUGAAUCAGAGUAUCCUAUCAAACUUUGUCCUUUUGGGAUUCCCAGUGUCAAAAGAAUUACAGCCAUUUCUGUUCCUUGCUUUUUUGAUCAUAUAUUUAGUUUCCUUUGCUUGCAACUUCCUUAUAAUGGCUGUUGUUUGCUGGGAUAAUAAGCUUCACAGCCCAAUGUACUGUUUCAUUUGCACCUUUUCAUUUUUAGAAAUCUGUUAUACAUCAGUCACUAUGCCUAGACUUGUGAUUGAUCUGAAUUCGGAUGACAAAAUUAUUCCUAUCCCAUUGUGUGUGGCCCAGUUUUAUUUUCUUUUUGUCUUCGGUUCAACUGAAAAUUUCUUGUUGUCUUCUAUGGCUUAUGACAGAUUCACAGCUAUUUCCAAUCCUUUGAGGUAUAAUAGUAUUAUGACUCCAAAGGUAUGCAUAUUCUUAGCAGCAGCAUCAUGGAUAAGUGGCUUCCUGGCCCCCCUGAUUCCAGCCAUAUUCCUCUCAAUGACAUUAUUCUGUGGCUCUAAUGUAAUUGAUCACUUCUACUGUGACUUUUCUCCAUUACUUCACCACUCUUGUGAUACUGGUGGUGUCUACAUUGUUGAAACGGCCUUCUUCUCUUUGGCUUGUUUGGUUAUACUAGGCAAUUUUGUUUUCAUAUCAUAUAUCUUCAUUAUAUCCACCAUUCUUACCAUGUCUUCCACUAGAAGUCGUCAGAAAGCUUUCUCUACUUGUGCAUCACACCUUACAGUUGUAACUAUAUUCUAUGGAACCAUUAUUUCUACAUAUGUAAGACCUUCAACUGGAAAUUCAUCUUACAUUGACAAAAAUAUGGAUGUAAAUAAGGUCUUAAAUGUUUUUAAUACAGUGGUAACCCCACUACUGAAUCCUGUUAUUUAUUGCCUGCGAAACAAAGAUGUGAAAGAAGCAUUAAAGAAGGUUAUGAGCACAAAAUUAUUAGAGAGGAAUAAAACAUCUUAUAUUACUAAAUGA